AUGUCUUCGUCGGCGGUUCGAUGUGAUUUAUGUAACGUUGAGCUAUCAUCAGAAGUGCAACUCAAUGUGCACGUCAACGGUAAAAAGCAUCAGAAAAAAGUGAAUGAAUUACAGAACUUCUCUACUCUCGCGAAACGUUCCGUUUUCAUUAGUGGUGUACCAAAGAGUACGUUCAUCUCUGAGCAGCAGGUAAGAGAAUUGAUGCAAAACUUCGGUGAUAUUGACCGUGUUCUGUUGGAUCUGAAGAAAGGAACGUAUGCAAUUGUGGAAUUCAAUAAUGAACUAUCAGCGCGUAAGGCUAUUGAAGAAGGACGAAUACGUGUGAAUAGUCACUACGCUCUGAUAAAGGAACGUAAAAUGGAAUUCGAUAAUACUGAGAAGAAAUUUGAAAAGGAAUCGAUCGAUGUUGAUAAGCUUAUCGGAAGAAUAUCAACAGUCACUCCGUCGUAUUCGGCUCAGAUCGACGAACUCAUUCGUGAUUUUUGUCUAUCAGAGGAGCAGGUAUCCAUCGGAGCAAAUAGCCGAAAUAAUCUGAACUCGUUUCGGAUACCGAUUGGCCUGAAAAUCGUUGAAGAUUGUCGAUUCAAAGAAUUUGGAACAAAUUUGGGCAAAUUUGAUUUGCAGUUAAUGGAACGUUCCGAAUUCGCAAAAAUCUUGACGAAUGCUCUGCGCGAUUACUUCACACCGGAGGUAUACGUAUGUGUUUUUGGUUCAUCGAUCACCUCCAUCGGCACAGUUGAUUCUGAUAUCGAUGCGAGUGUUUUAUUCGAAGGUGAGCCACUGUUGAAAAGUGAACGAGUAAAUCCAUUUGCAAGAAAUAAAUUCACUUUGAUGACAGCCGAAAUGUCAACCAUCCGUUCACGAAAAGUUUGCGCCGAUGAGAUCGCUCGAUUAACACCAGCCGAUCGUAUUCGUUUCCUGACAAGGAUCCUGAACGAUAUUCGUCGAUGCGGCACGGCACCCGUCAGCGAUCAGUACCCAGUUCUUGAUGCGCGUUGUCCGCUCGUUCGUUUUCUUUUCAAUAGAAAACAUACAUUCGAUCUGUCAGUCGAUAAUCGAUUGGGUAUCACCAAAUCGUGUUGGAUCAAAGAAUUGAUUGCUGCUGAUUCUUCGUCAAAUUUACGUCGCUUUUUGAUUGCUGUUCGUUUUUGGGCUCAUGUGAAUGGUCUUAUGAGGAAAGAUGAAAAAACGGUUAGUCCUAUUCCAAUCUCCCUAGUAGAUAGUCAGCGGAGUCAUUUGAACGCAUAUAUCUGGAAUAUGUUGAGCAUUGUUUUUCUGCAAGUGCAUUCGUUACUGGCACCGGUGAAUGCCUCCUCGGAACCGAUUUACUUCGACGGAUGGCAGUGUGAUUUCAUCGUGAAUCAAACGAACUUUUCUAAUUUGAACAUUAAAAACUUUCUCAAGAUCAAAUUUCAGGAUCUUUUCGUAUGGUUCGUUCAGCUGAAACUAAGAGAUCACGUGUUGUGCCCAAGAUUGGGUGUUAUUCUUACCAAAGAACAGUUCAGCGCUAAGUUUCCGCAAAAAGCAGUGCAACAAUCAUUUAAGUUUGCUACCCUCAACAUUCAGGAUCCAUUCGAACUGUCUCAUAACAUUUCGAAUUUGGUCUCAGAGAAGUAUUUGACAGCAAUGCGACGUGAAAUGAUGCUUACCAUAACAGUAAUCAAAGAAAAUCCGAAUAAUUUCGUUGCUGCGUUACGCCAGGAUUCUGUAGCAUCUUCACAUUACUCUAAUGAUCUGGAAAUCGUUCUACCGUGCGGUGAUAUAAAUGCAGUUGACUGUAUGAAUAUAUUGGAAAGAGUAUUAGUUGAAUUGUUAUUGUGCGAUACGAUCGAUGAGCCUAAAGCAAAGCUGACGCGGAAAGAUAUGACAUCGUAUCAACACGAAGUAUCGAAAUAUUUCGAAAUAACACAACGCGUAUGGAUUGGUAGACGGAACAAACGACGUUUCAUCGUCGCAAGCAAUCCAGGAUUAUCUGAUUGGCAAAUAGAAAAGGCGGUAUCCAAAGCGAUUUGUGAAGACAAUUCUUCGGAUGUAUCGCUUCGUUUUUAUUUGAUGAUUGUUGUCGAAAAUGGUAAUGCAGAAAUACGCUUAGCACGUCAGUGGGGCAAUGAACAUGAUCUGCACAACUUUUCACAUUUCCUCUCUCUUUUCUUACCGAAAUAUUUCAGUGAAUCUAUCGCAAGUUGUGGCACAGUUCCUAUGGAGCAGUAA